CUCAUUUUCACGUUUUCAAAAGAAAAGAAAAAGGUUUUUAAAUUUGUAACAAAGUCUAUUCACCCCCCUCUCUAGACUUUGUAUCUCACCACUUUGGGACCACCAAUUGGUAUGGGAGCAGUCUUCUCACUAUCUACCUUUAGAUUAAAGAGAAGCGAUCAUAAUGAUGAACAAUAUGGAUCACGGUUUGCCCAAAUUUUCUCUUCUAGGCUAUGAUGAUUGGAAGAUCAUGUUGGAAGCACACCUCUAUGCUCUACAUGAUUGCAUGUGGAUGGUGCUUGAAGAUGGACCCCUGAAGAUUCAAAUGGAAAAUCUAGAAUGGAAUCCAACAAACCCGGAUGUAGUGAAGUACAUUCCAAAGCCCAAGGAGAAAUGGGAUGACAGAGAUUGCAAAAAGCACAAUCUGGACAACGUCGCCAACGCAGCCAUUUUCAAGACACUUGAUCCCAUCACCUUUUCCAAGAUCAAGCAUCUCAAGGCUGUCAUGGAGAUAUGGCAAGGUCUUGGAAAGCUGUGUGAGGGAUCGGAGGACCUGAGAAAGCAGAAGAUAAAGCCACCAAGCUCAAAGACGGAGGACUACGAAGAGGAAUUUGCAAUAAUGGUCAAGCAAUUCCGGAAGUUCAAGAAAUUCUUCAAAAAAGCUGAUUCAGUCAGAAGGCCAUCCAAGGGAAAGCUACAGGUAAGCGACUCCCCUCCUGAAUCUUAUUUGUGUUAUAAUUGUAGGAAACCUGGCCACUGGAAGUCAGCUUGUCCGUACCCAAAAGUGGAGAAGUACGGAAAAAGAGAAAGGAACGAGAAGAAGAAGAAGGCAAUGGUAGCAGCUAAAAGUGAUGAGUCAUCCAGUUCAAGCUCGGAUGAAGAAGCUCUCGUCUGCAUGGAACGCAGAGCUGAGAAGUCCAACCAUGAGGAUCGGUGGACUAUGUCAGAAGAUGACACUCUCUGCAUAAUGGCCAAGGAUGAUGCUGAUCAAGAGGUAACUUCACAAACUUCCUGUUCAUCUUCUUAUGAAAGCAUACCAACUUCUGAAAAUCUUUUUGACAAGUUCAAAAAGAUGAUGGAAGAUUUUGAGGAAAUAAAUUUUAAACAUUCAUCUCUAUCAGAAGAGAACAAGUUAUUGAGUGAAGAGAAUCUCAAGUUAACUGAAGAUCGGAAAAGUCAACUGAGUGAGAUCACUCAACUCAAGGCUGAGAAUGAAUCUCUCUUUGAAAAGGUGAAAUAUCUCAACAAGAAGCUAGGGAUACUAAAGUCCAAAGAAGGUGUGGAUAAGAUUCUUGAAACGACCAAACAUAAGGGUCGUGAAGGACUUGGGUUUGACCCCUCCAGUUCCAAAAGGAAAGGGAGAAAAACUUUCAUUCCUCCCAAACCUACUGCCAAAACCAAUGAGCAGAAAGGUCACACUAUGCACAACCUAGACAGUGGCUGCUCAAGACACAUGACGGGUGAUGCGAGCCUUUUGAGCAAUCUAAUUCCCUAUGAUGGUCCGAGAGUUACUUUUGGAGGAAGCAAUGAUUUUGGCCUUACAAAAGGGCUAGGAAAUCUGGUGUACAAGGGACUAACCAUCCAGGCUGUAUCUUAUGUGGAAGGUCUCAACUAUAACCUUCUUAGCAUAAGUCAGUUCUGUGAUAAAGGUUAUUCUCUAGAAUUCUGCAAGGACAUGGCAUCCCUCAAGAACAUCUCCACAAAUGAAGUCAUUCUCACUGGGAAGAGAAUCAGGAACAUCUACGAAGUAAUGUGGGACGAUGUCAAGGAAGCAUGCCUAAUCAGCAAAGACAAAGAUGUAGAAGUCAAUGAAGGAGAUAGAAUGAAGCCUAUGGAGUUCAUUCCAUUCGGAAGUCUGCCAUUGAAGACUUUACAGAGGAAUCCGAAUUCAGACAGUGCUGAGCCUACCGGAAAUCACGGCCAGCCUUCCGAAAUCCCGGAUCUCUCACAUGGCGACAAUUCUGGAAGUGAUGACAUAACCCAGGAAAGGACAUUCAUCAUCAACGCCCUCAUUACCAGGACCAAGGUAAAUUGGGCCAAACACUUCUUCAAUUCAGUUUCCAAGCACUUAGGGAAACCCAAGCAGAAGUAUCUCUGUCAAGGAUUGUACCUUGGAUACAUUCUGGAAUCCUUGGGAGUUGCCUCUGAAGACAAGAAGUAUGAUGCCAGAUAUUGGCUCUACUAUCUGUCAUUCAAAGGAGAAAACAGUGCUAGUUCAACUGCAGAAGAUGAAGGUUCUUCUGACAAUGUCCUCAUUGACAAUCCUCAAAAGGUUGAUGAAGGAACCCCUCAAGACCAGAGUCCUCCAUCUCCUUCUUCACAAGCCCGAACUGAUGAAGUGAGCAAAUUCUUACAGCUCUACUAUGUUUGGAAAGCAUGGAAGGUUGGAAACUCUGCAGAUCAGUUGCUUGAAUGGGAUCAACAACUGAAAAAUGAGAAGGUUAUUAAGAGGUGUUUGGGACUGCCAGUUAAUUGCCACUGUGAGAGAAUUCUGGAUGAGGAGUGGGCUGAGAACAUCACUGCUGAAGCACAAGCUGACAUGGAAGCUGAAGUAGAGGAUUUCCAAGUAUUUCUGGAAACCUCUCUUGUCUUUGAUGCUAUUCUUACUGAAGCUGUCCAAGGGAAUGCCGUCACUCCGCAAAGAGAUCAAGAAACAUAUGAAGAAGAGGUUCUGAAAUCUCUACAGUUUCAGUCAAUAGAUAACCUGGAGAAGUCCACUCCUCCAAAAGAUACAGAAGAAGAAGCUCACAAGGAACCAGCAAUAGAAGCACUGAGAAGCUUUAAAGAAGCUGAAGAAGGUGCUCAAAUAGUUAGACUCAAGGCCACUGAAACUCCAGUUGCUAUUUUUGAGCAACAAACUGAAGAUGCAACAAGAGAUUCACUUUCUAGGGAUAUCUCAAACUACGGCAAUGCAGACACUAAGGAAGAGUCAGUGAAGACCCUAAGGAUUGAUGAAAAAGAAGCUGACUCUUCCAAAUCCACCUUUCCAGAUGAAAUGCCGGAACCCUGGACCAGGAAGGUCCAAGGGCUGAUUGAAUCAGCCCUGGAAGCAUGGAAAGCAUCAUUCAGGCAAGACCUAGAGAAGGUAGAAAUGAGGCACAGUCAAAUUCUAGAGAAAAAUGAAGAAAAAUAUAGCUCAAACCUUAAGGAAAUAAGCCAAUCGGUGAACAAAACUCUAGAGAUCAUCUCUCUAUUGAGUAAAUCUGCGAGCAAUACAAUGAUGGCUUAUGCCUCUGACUGCCAUCUUCAACUCAAAGAAGCAAUGGAAAUCAAGCAGCAGAUUGCGAGUGUCACAACAAGCCUUCAGAAGCAGAUGUCAUUUCUUCAAAUGGACAUCAGGCCCGCCCUGGCAGUAUCAUCAGAAAACCAAGUGGUAACUCAAGAUUACCUGAAGGUUCUUGCUGACAAUCAGAAGGAGGCAUUCAAGCGUUUCAAGCACUUUGGAACCUUCACUGCCAAACACAAAUUAGAUGUGACUGUCCAAUACAAUAGUUUACCUCCAAUUCCAAGACUUCCGAUUGAAGUCAAACAAGGAAAGCUUGCAAAGAUUCCAACUCAUGUGAACAUGACGGAACUAAUAUUGGAAGCCCGGCAGAGCAAUCUGGAGAACUCAAUACAACAUUUGUCAAACAUUGAGUUUGAUGGAACAGAAGCUAUAGGAACCAUUGCCUCCCACUUCACAAAUGAUGCUCAGACAAAGGAGAGAUAUAACAAUCUCAAGCGCAUCAAGGAAGAAUGUGGAGUUAUGCAAGGCAUUGGUGAAGCUGCCGGAUCAUCCAAGCGCAAGAAGAAUUGAAGGCUCUUUUCAUCAAAACAGGGGGAAGUCUUGAUACAUCAUUUAUAUUUUGAUGAAAACACCUUCUUGUUUAAACAUUAGUCUCUACUUAAACACUUUUGAUACAUCUCUUAAUUAUGCUUGAACAUAUUUUCUUGAACUAUAAUCUUUGAGACUUAUUAAUGCAUACAUUCAGGGGGAACUUAACUGGUUUCGGCUAACAAUUGCUUUUUGGUAAUAAACUACUUGUAAACUCUAAGCAAUGGAAGACAGAUACCUCAAUUCUGGUACUAGAGUUGGAGAUCUCCGAUUCAGGGACUACAAGCUAUGGGCGGAGUUUUGACAAAUAUUAAAGAAGGAAUUAAAAAAAUUUGGGGGGCUCGUCUUAUUUCGAGAUCCUGGAAGAUGUUCUGUAAGUCUAAGGGUAAAAAAGAAAUAAGUUUUGCCAGAGAUAUCAACAUUAGAUGGAAUAGUACUUACAAAUUGAUUGCACAGAUCCUAAGAUAUAAAGAGGAACUUGCUGAAUUUUUUAGGGAUGAACUUCGUAUAAUCAUUAAUCCUUUUGAAUUUGUUAUUGU